UUCGUGCUGGCUGGUGCGCUUACGCAGACGACUGGACAAUCGCGGGCAGCCAGCUCGAGAACCAACGGCACUGUGGAGCCGGGGUUUGGAGCGCAGCGCGAAGUCUUCGCGGAACAUGGCGUCCACGUCCGGGUGUAGCACCGGUCGCUACACGUACACGCUGAACGGCUUCGGCCGCGACUUGGACCGGCGGCCGAUCGUCUUCCUCGAGCCGUUCUCAGCGUCUCGCGUAUGCAGCCUGUGCGGCGUGGUGCCGGAGCAGACAGCAUUGCUGCCAUGUAGGGACGUGGUCUGCCGAACCUGUUACGAGAAGUGCCGCGAAAUGGACGUCGGCUCCUGCCCGCUCCACACUUCCAUGCGGAUCAACCCCGAUGACAUCGAGUGGAGGGUGCUUCCACUUUCCGAAGUGUCCAAGCGAAAGGCCCGGUGCUGGAACGCCAAGAACGGCUGCCCCGUGGUGACCGAAGCGUGGGACAUGGCGGAGCACUGCUACGGCGGCUGCGAGUACUACAACGUCGUCUGCACGCGGUGCCAAAAGAAAGUACUGCAGAAGGACGUCGUGCAACACCUGAGGGACGGCUGCAGCUCCAACAUACUCCGGCAGACUCUGGACACCGCGCCAGACGACGAUACACACAACGACGCAGCCGACAGCUUCGAAGAAGCCCGUGGUGCAUGGCCAAACGGCUACUGUGAUGACGUCACUUCCGCAAUGCCCGAUCUGCUGCGGACGCUCCGAAGGCUACUGAACGAGAACGCCUCGCUGCGAGACGAGAUCCGAUCCGUUCGGGAACACGUGACCUUCGAGCGCAAGCACGGCCAAGCGGUGCUCACGCAGUGCCUGGAUGCCGUGAAGCUGCAAACUCUCAGUGCCAUGAAGGACCUCGCGACCGAAGCCAACAACUGGCACAAUGACACCUACUCGCGCCUCAGAGAAGACGUGGCAGAAAUGGCGCUGGGCCUCGGAGAGCAGUUAGAAUCCAUGACGAAAGGCAACCUAGAGGCUCAGAACCUGCUUCGAGACCACGUGACUGAAGAGUGUGCGAGGUCAUUGAAGGUUGCCACGAAGACGCUAGAAUUUGCGUCGAGUGUUCCCAACUUCCAGGAGUGGGUGGUACGCGGGUGGACCGCUCUUAAGGGCAUGGCGACCGCGCGUGGAGAGGCUUGGUGCCGCAGCGAACCACGGUACUUUCUCGGCUACCACCUGUCCCCGGCACUCCUGGUCAGCAGAGACGGCGAGGACAAGGGUUGAAAGUUCACGCGGGUCUAGAACUCAAGGAAGGAACUAACGACGCCCAUCUCGAAUGGCCGUUUCGCAGGAGUUGCAGGAUCACCUUUAUCCAUCCGCGGGUAAAACCUCGGGCACGCUCCUUGACGCUAACGCCGGAACUGGAAGCCUUCGCCUCGAGGCUCGCCAGGCCUGACGCCGAGGUUACCACUGCGGGACCGGUCUACUCGUUGGGGAACUUUUGCCAUGCUCAUGACCUCGAGAAUGAGGGCUACGUCAGCGCAGACGAAAUCCGCGUCCGGUUCGAGGUCAUGUUCUGAGCGAAGGCGACUACGGACGGUCAAGGGAAUGCAGUGCCCCGAACGGACGCACGGUCCUGAGGCCAAAGCUCGAAACGUUUCAAGAGCUGAGUGUUGGUGCGCCACUGUGAAUACUUGUCUGAAAAUGAUACCUCUCGGAUCACUCGUUCGCUAAUCUGCGGCUUGCAGCAACGAGUUAAGGACAACUGGCGUAACUGUUUCGAACUUGUGAUUAAUGCUGGAACUCUUUAUUCCGACAGAUUACAUCUGCUAGAAGGAUACGCGAUGACUGGAGCCAUGUUACGCAAUUAUGUAAAACGGCCCUGCCCUAAAACGUGUAUCUGGAAUCCUACAGCACUUGUGGCUUCCUCACCUCGCUUGAGCUGUUAAUAAAGCAAGGGCUUAGCAAUUCUGAA